AUGCCGCUUCUGAAUCGCCGGCCUUACAGCUUCGGCGCAACCCAGCUCGAUGGCCUCGAUCCAGAGCAGGAGGUUUGGGUCGUCAAGGCCACGGGGGAGGUGUGCCGCAGCUAUGAGGCCUACAUGCAGAAGAUAAAGCUGUACGAUCAGCCCAUGUGGAGCUGCAAAUACAGCGGGAAGGGAGGGCUGACGCUGGAAGAGGCGCAGGCGGCGGAGCACAAGGCCUUGACUGCGCUCAAAGCGUUCCCAAAAGAGUUGGAGGAGCAGGUGUGCCGCGCCGUACACCACAGCCUACUGCGAGUGGACGAGCUGGUGGGCGGCAUCUAUGACAGCCUGCGCCCCGCGGCGGCCGCCGAGGAGCCCGCUGCUGCUGCCACAGGGGCAGCAGACGGGGAGCAGCAGGCAGUGGUACAGCAAGACAGCCCCUCGCCCUUCGGCAGCAAGGAGAAUGAGCCGCAGCAGGGGGCGCCGGCGGUCGCAGCAGCCGAAAAGCCUGCCGCACCAGCUGGCGAGCCAGCCGAGGGCGGUGCGGAGCCCGAGGCCGCCGCUGGGCCGGAGCCUGCCACCGCCAAGAAGCCAGAGGGCGGCGCAGCGGCUGGGGAGGCCGCCAAGAGCGGCAAGAAGCCCAAGACUCCAAAGGCACCAGUGUCCCGGCCUGCGCUGCGCACAUACAUCAUCGAGAACGCGGAGCAGCAGGGCCCCGAGCAUGCCACCAAGCAGGUGUGGAUGGUGCGUCCAGAGCUGCGUGAGCGGUACGACCUGCCGGCAGAGGUGCCCGCCGACAUCCAAGAGAAGCUGGCGGCCUCGGUGAAGGCGCCCAAAAAGAAGCUGGAUGCCCCCAAGGGCCUGGGCACCAAGCUGCCUGCCAAGAAAGACGGGAAAAAGGCAGCGGCUGCGGCGACUGAUGCAGGGUCGCACCUUGCCUCCGCCUCGCCCGGCGGCAGCAAGGCGGUGGCGGCCGGCGAGACGGGGGGCAAGCAGCCCAACGAGAAGGGCCCCAUGGUGGCAGUGCAGGCCAAGCCUCUGGAGGAGGUGGAGAAGCAGUACAAAGAGGGUACCGUCAAGCGCGUGAUUGUUGAGGUCCUCAAGGCGGUGCAGCCCGAGGCGUUGACCGCUCAGGGCAUUGUGGACAAGGCCAAAGAGAUGGGCCUGCGGGAGUUUGAGGAGAAGGAGAAGGCUCGCAUCCCCAACGCCCUCACCAGCGACCCCAACUUUCUGCGCAUCUCCAAGGGCGCCUACUCCCUGCACUGCUUCCACCCCGACAAGGAGCAGCUGGUCAAGGCGCCGCAGCCCAAGGAGCCCAAGGAGCCCAAGAAGGCAGCUGCUGCGGCUGCGGCUGCGGCUGCGGCUGCAGGCACACCAGCACCGGGGGCUGCGGAUGCAGACCAAGGUGUUGCCAGCACGGCCAAGAAGGAGAAGGAGGCUGUGCCUAUGGUGGCUGUGCAGGCCAAGACUCUGGAGGAGGUGGAGAAGCAGUACAAGGAGGGCGCCAUCAAGCAUGCGAUUGUGGCAGUCCUCAAGGCCGUGCAGCCCGAGGCGCUGACCACUCAGGGCAUUGUGGACAAGGCCAAGGAGCUGAGCAUAGAGGGUUUGGAGGAGAAGCAGAAGACCAUCCUGCAGGCGAGCCCCACUGCAAAACUGCAGGCUGCCAGCCAACCCGGCGCGCAAGGCUGA